UUUUUUUAUUCCAAUACUAUGUUGUCAGGAAGAUGUCGUACAGGAAGUUGAGAUGUUUCUGUUCACAAACACGUGUACUGCUGCGUCGAAUCAUUCGAAAAAUUGACUAAAUAUAGAUUAAGAGCGGCGCUAUUGUUAGAUUCAAGUAGUGUUUUCGUUGCGUUUCUUCUUCGAUUUCGCUUUCGUAUAUACUCGUCAUGGGGCUAGUUGUAAAUUUAUGAUGCCAGAAAAUUUGCCAAGCAAUCGCAAUUAGUAUAUGAUUUAAUAUUUCCAUAUUUUAUUUUAUAAAUUGUACGCAGUUCUUUUGGCAUAAGUUUCUUUCUUUUUCUGGAAAUUGUUUUUAUAAACAGUGAUUGACGUUGUCUUUUUAUUUGCCAGAAUGAUGCACGUUAGAUAAACUAGUUGAUAGUUUCUUCACAAUUUGUAAGUUCAAAUACUAUUCAAGAUUUACUGAAUGAUAUUUAUCACUUUUAAUUUGUGAAAACUAAUUUUUAUAUUAAUAUAAAAUAUAUAUAGAAUUAAUAUACAAAUUAAUAUUAACGGUAUAUGAACAAAUAAGUAUGAUCAAUUUUAACAACGAACAUGUGCCAACAGCACUUGAAAGCAGUAAUUGCUACUUACGAAAUCUUAAUAGGAAUGUUGGAUCAUAGACAGACUAACAAAAUGUAAAAUAAAGUAAUAAUAAGUGUUACGUUUAUAAAAUAAAUUAAUAUAAUAAUAAUUUUAACGAUAUAAUGACUCUUUUUGUAUAUGUUAUGAUAAAAAAUAGAUUAAUAAAAUGAUUUUUGCGUAUUAUAUUUGCAUAUGAUAAUUUAGUCAUUAUUUCAUGAAUUUAUUAUUAUGAUAAGAAAAUAAUUAGAUUUGUAAAUUCCAAUGUAAGUUAAUUUAUGUAUACAAUUAUAUAUAUAUAUAUAUAUAUAUAUAUAUAUAUAUAUAUAUAUAUAUAUAUAUAAAUUAAUAUAUUUAUAUUGUAAAAUUGUAAAAUAUAAUUUAUUACGAAAUUUUUUCUAAUUUUUUACGAGUUAAUAAUUUUAUCGUUUAUUAUUUAAUAGUUCGUUCAGAUCAAGUUUUAUUUUAUAAUUCGAAAUUCAAUUACAAAGUUAAAUAUUUAUUGACACGCAUUUAUUUCACAACAUUUAUUUCGAUAUAAAUAUAAAAAAUAUUCUAGAUAAUUGAAUUUAUAUUUUCUUUUAUUAUUCAGGAUUGAAAAUAUCUUUUAGAUUUAAUUGCAAUAACUAAUUCACAUAAAUUAUUUUCAAAAUUCAAAUAAGAAUAUUGUUUACGAUAAAAUGAAUUUAUCAUUAAACAAAUAUACAUAUGUCAUAUAGUAUAUGUGUAUAAGUCAUAUAACUCUUUAUAUACAAUGCAACAAACGUCAAAUCUCUCCUUCUUCAAUGCUCGGAUCACAACAACAUUAAACAACGAAUUCGAUUCCUCGCCAAAAAACCGAUCACCUCAACGAUCCAGGAAGUUUACUGAAGCUAAAGUACCGACUCUCUAGAUUACUCUACUGGCGUUAUACGGAAAUGGCGAGCGCGCAUGCGCGUCUACCGAAACAAACGCUCCGCCGUCCACGCGCACGCGGUCUUUCGAAACGAUAUUUUUAGAGAAGUGAGUCGCUGGCCGCAAGCAGCGACGGUAGUCAAGUGUCGUCGUUGACCCUAAGGAAAUCGAACCCUAUGAACCACGAUUCCACGGAUGACCACCGGAUAUUUUUCUCCAAUCAUUAUCGAGCAGAGUGAACAAAUUUCAAAUCACGACACGUACGAGAAGAUUAACGUUUUCAGUGAAAUAAGUGCAACAUGGGCGCGGCUGGCAGUAGUAACAGAGCACCGUCCCCGUCGGCAUUUUUGAGGGGACGUAACGAGGAGGCGUUUGUCUACGGUGCAGAGGAAUCCUGGUGUCCGGAAUACGCGAACGAAAAUAUACGACAAAGGACGAGGGCCAACGCGUUCGACGUGGGUGAAGAACCUCGAUCUCAGGGUCCGAGUCCUUACGCGACCUUCAGAGAUGAAGAGUCAUGGUGGAGUCAAAGACCAUCGGCUCCGAGUUUGUCGAACUUGCGAUCUCCUCAGCGAGAAACAUUAUUGACGUACGCAGCGCAGAUGACAGGUUGGCAGACGGCCGAGGGGCACGGCCCUUCGUUCUCUCAUCACCAAGAAACUAUGGAGCUGUGGAAAAUGAUCUCGCAUCUCUCAAAGGCUAAUCAACAAUUGGUCUCCGCGCAUACCGCAACUUUGGCCAAUUUGGAGGCACUAUACAUCGAGUUAGCGAGGGAAAAGAAACUCAGAAGACGAGCAGCCACCUCAUCUGACACGAUGGACGAAGCUUUGAAGAAAAGACUAACGAUGGAGGACAGGGUUGAUGAAGAUGAUGAGGAAAGGCGGAGGAUGGAGGACAGAAUCGAGAGAUUGGAAAAUCUUUUGGAAGAUGGUUGGGACACUUAUGAAUAUAGGCAGAGGGAUAUUCGUCAGGAAAAAGAUAGGAAGCUGAGAUCAAGGAUAGAGAGAUUAGAGGCGAUAGUGAAGAACUCUCGAGAACUUGACAAGGAAGACGAACGACAAAAAUUUACAACGAAUAUUUGUGAUUCAACGAGGAAUCAAGACUUACACUGUCGACGGAUAAUCGAUGAUCUUUGUAAUAAGCUUCCAAGUAGUAUUGAAGUAGUACCUGAACACGAGUUUAAAAUGCAAAUCACGACCGACGAGGCUCGAACGAAGAGCAUUUCUAGAGUAAAUAUCGGACAUGUUGAUGAGCAAUUCGAAAGAUCGAGGUCUAAGGACGAAACAGAUUAUUUGAUGAAGCGUUUGCAUUUAGAAGAGCCUAAGGAGCAAGAAUGUAGAAUAAGUGAUGAAGAGGAACGGAGUUUCGAUAGGAAGGAAGUGAUUAGGUUGUUAGAGGAAAUCGAAAGUCUGAAGGCCCAGCGAUUGGAAUAUCGGCAUGAAAAUGAAAGAUUGGCGAAAGAUUUGGCGGAGCAGAGGGCGAUAGUGAAGAAGUUAACGAAAGAUUAUGAAGAAUCAAAGGCACGACAGGAACAAAUAGAAUUCAGUUUUCAAAAACAUAGGGAGGAAUACGACAAACUAAAGAUGAAAUUUGAUGUCGCCACGAAGGAAACGGAAAGGCUGUUGAAGGAAAUUGACGAGUUCAAUGUGUUAAAGAACAUUGCUGAAGCGAGAAUCUCUAAUCUCGAACAAGAUUUGCAAAACUCGUUGUUGGAGAAGGAGGAAAUCAUAAAUAUCGAGAGCCAGAAGACUUUAAAAUUAAAAGCACAACUAUCAGAGGAAGUUUCUGAUAAGAAGAAGCAGAUAAAGGCUCUUGAAGACGCUUUGGAUGAGAUUCAAAGACUGAAGGAGACUAUCAAGACUGAAAGAAAGGACAUGGAUGAUGACCUAAAAGAAGAUAUUGGUCCAAUAGAAUCAAUAGAUGAUCCACAAGAGAGUCCCCCUACUGAUCGCGCAAUGAACAUUGAAGAAUUCAAGAAAGAAUUAACCUUGAAGAGGGAAGCCAGACAAAGAGCAAUAGCGGCAGUUUCAUCAGAAAUGGAGCGACUCAGACGAGAAUUAGAUGCGGAGAAAGAAGCUCAUUCGGAGACUUCGAGAAUGUUGGAUCUUUUGAGAUCUGCUCAGAACGAUGCACAAGCUCAAACGAGCGUGGUAAAUAAUACUUUAAAAAGGUGUACAGAUAUUGAUCAGAAACAAGACGAGCGUGAUUUAGUUAUGCAACGUUUGGAGGCUCAACGAUUAUCCAACAUUUUGAAGAUAUCCGAUGAGUUGAGGAGCGACAUCCGCAUUCAAAUAGACAAAGCAGAUGAUCUCCGCUAUCAGCUGGAAACGGAAUCCGACCAGCAUCGGUAUCGCAUUCGUUGUUUGUCAGACUUAACCAACCGGACGCGAGAAGCCGUUUACCUCAGGGAACGCCGUGCCAACGAGCUGAAGGAUCACCUAGCGCAGAUUCUUCUCCAACUUGGAGACAGAAGCUUCUUGGAAUUGAAGGACGACGUUGGUUUGGAGUGCGAACGUCAGCUAGAGAAUAUCAAUAGCCUGAAGAGCCUCUACAACGAAAGGCUGAAAGUGCUGAACGAACUGAAGGAGACUGCCAUCAGGGAGCUCGCGGAGACCAGGGUGAGAUUAGAUCACUCGAUAAAACAAUGCGAGUGUUUGGAGGAGGACUUAAAGAAGGCUGACGAGAAGAUCGAUGCACAAGAUACGGAGAUAACAAAUUUGGAAUCCCAAUUGGGUCUCACUAAGGCGGAUUGUAGGGAUCUCCAGAAUCAGAUGUCAUUAAUUAAUAGCUUGUUCACGCAAAUGCUAUUAGGUGCCACUUCUGCUGACAUGGAUCUUGAUCGAUUAACUCAAUUACUUCAGGAGAAUCACGAUCUGAUAUGCGACAUGGCGAGAGAGGAAGGCACCGAGGCUGCAGCACUUCCAAAACUUCUUCUCGACUUAAUCGAACAAGUCGAGGGCAGUAAAGUAUCUGAAAAACGUGCUGAUAGUGAAAACGGAAUUGAAGGUGAAGCAGAGAAGAAAGAAGACGACUUGCAGCAAGAAGAUAUAGCCCAUAAUUUGCCCAAAGUAUGGCGUGUUCUGUUGGAAUUGUUGAGUUGUCAUGCAGAAGGUGCUUCAUCCGCUUCCGCAACAUCUUCCUCGGACCCCAAUAUCUGUUACAAGUCUGUCGAUACUCCGACUGGUCCCAGAUUAGUGAUUUCAGUUAGCAAAACAUAUAUUCGUCUGAAGGAAUUGAUAUUAGAGAAGAAACAUUUGGAGAAGGAGAUGAACAGAAUGAAACAGUUGAACGUCCAUUUGGAAUGUAAACUCGGAGAGCAAGAGAAGAGAUUAUCAGCAGUGUCAGCGGAAUUGAGCAAAACUUGGACGAUAGUCGAUCGAAUGCAGGUCCAACACCAUCAACUUCACACACAUGAGAAAAUUUUGCGAUACGAAUUGCAGCAAAAGCGCAAAAUGUUGCAAGAGUUAAAACAAGAAUUGGAAUACUGUCGCGAGAAAUGGGAAUCGGCUAGACAAAAAAACACAAAUACGGAGUUGGAAUGGAGAAGCUUGAGGCGAGAGUUUGCUGCUAGGAAAGCUUUAGUUUCUCAUGAUUCUUUCAACAACAGUGCGGAAAGUGGAUUCAGUGAUGAACGAGGAGAUGAUACUGAUGAAGAGGACAACGCAGUGGAAGGAAGAAUUAGACUAGGUCCACGCAGAAGACCGCGAAAGGAGAAUCCUCGAGCACCGACGCCAGAUACAGAAUCGGAGCAGCCAACAGACACGGAACUAUCCGAGCCGAAAACAGGUUGCUCGGCAACAUUAGAACAGCGAACACCUACUCCAGAAACGGAAGCAGAGUUAGAUGACAAUGAAGUAGCAGAUGUAACUUUAAACAUUGAAUCUACAAAUAUAACAGAGUCACCAAUUCCUCUUUCGCAGCAUUUGAUGUCGGAAAGUCCACAGGAACCGUUAAAUCCUCUGGAUCAAGCUUUAACAAACGUCAUCCAGGAUCUCAUAGGAAUAGAAAGCAUAACCUCGGCAAACUUUGCGAGUCAAAAUGACGAAAGUAUGAUAAAAGACAUGCCCAAAGAAAGUCGUUCAGAAGAACUAGACAUCAAGGGGCCAACUAUAGAAUCUUGGUCUACAUCUUCAGAAACCAUUGCCAAAGAUGAUCUUAUCUUCGAUAGCUCGUUAGAUAAUCAGUCAUUGAUAGCAAUUGAUCAAAAUCCAACAAACAUGGAUGGUGAGAAAACAAAGAACGAAGAAUCUCUAAUAUCGUCCUAUGUAACUAAUGUGACUAGUCCAACCAGUAUACAGCCUGUCUUCUCUAUCGGGCCCUUUCCUUCCAGCGUGCCAUCUUCGAUCGUGAAAAACGUUCAAUUUAGCGAUCCACUGAUCGUCGGUCCAUCUAAUCCAUUUUUUUCUCCAGUUUUUGGCUCGUCUUUGUCAAACAUACGAGUAUCAUCGUCUUUCAAUUUAUCAGUGAGCGAAGAGAUGGAAGCCAAGGAAAGACGAGGCGCUAGAUCAUUAGACAACGUCGUUGAUUCGGAUAACGUGUCAAUAGAUUCAUCAUCGAGUUUGGAAACGGUCAAAGAGUUCUCUACUGAGAGUGAAUCUGGUUCCUCGUGUUUGUCAGGUGAAACUGGCAAACGAGUCACCAGUUUGGAGGCUGGUGGGUUAAUGAAACAGGAGGAAAAGAAAGUUGUUGGUGGAAAAAAUAGAACACCGGAAGAGGUUUUAUCAGCUAGGGAAGAUAGAUUGAAAAGAUUGGAAGAACAGGCUAAAUGGUUAAUGAAUAAAAUGAACGCGACCAAUAGGAGAGGGUCUGCAUUGAGCACUAGACUUGAAGAGCUUCACGAGGUCUAUGGGGAACCACCAGUACCUCCUCCUAUGCCUGAUGUUUUGCCUAGUAGAAGAUUAAGGACCACAUUGUCAGAUCUACCUCGUCAGGUACCUGAAUCAUCGACUACUGAGGAUACUAAAAAUAUCGAGAAACCCGUCUCGAGUGGCGAUUCUAAUGAACCAUCAUCCGAUAACACGCCUUGAGACGCCUACACUUUUUUAAUUACACGAUUACGCCGAGUUUAUUUCCGUCGAAUACGGAAAUGUGAAAAUCACGCGUUCCUCGCUCGUGUUUUGUCUCGAGAAACGUGUUGGCUCCCAAAGAGGAAUUAUAUAAUUUGAGAUGACAUGACCAAUUUCUCAAAUUUUCAUCUUCAGAAAUAAUCUAAGUAUAAAUCUAAAAAUAUCUAAAAAUCUAAAAAUCUAAAUCUAAAAAUCAGAAAUAAUCUAAAAAGUAGAUUAAGAAUAAUCGAUCUAUUUCUUAAACUGAAAUUAAAAAAAAAACGUAUGAAUUAAAUGUGUUGUCUCUAAUAUAAUCAAAUAAUUAAAUUUUUGUAAUUUUAAGAAAGACUUUGGAACAUAUCAUUGAUUCAGAGCUAUCAAAUAUUUCUAUUAAAUAUUCUUUUUUUUUAUCUUUAUUUUUUUCAAGUACGAAUCUUUUUUUAUUAUCAAUAUGCCGUCAUUUUAUCAAUGUAACGUCUCAUUGUUCCUAACUGAGAAUUUGUGAUCACUUUUGAAUCCGUUCCUGUUUUGUACCUUAUACGAAUUGUACCUACUAAUUUCGCUGUAUAAAUAAAGAAUUUAUCAAAAAACCAACAA